AUGGCACACGAGAAGACGGACGUAGCAGCUGAAGCACUAGCCCGGCGGAAGUGUUCCAAAGAUCUCGCCCAAGAAGAUGUGGUGGAAACGCCUGAAAUGAGAGAGAAAGCUCUGAAACGAUUACACAACCUCCUUUCAGGUGAACGGCAUCUCCACUACACCCCCGCCGAUGACCUCCUCCUGAAGUUCCUGCGCGCUAGGAAGUUCAACGCAGACCGCACUUUCAAUUCUCUCAAGAACUUCUUCAAGGUCCGACGAGAAAAUCCAGGGAUGCUCGACGACCUGAGGCCAAGCCACAUUCCUUUCGAUAGCGCCUGCCGAAAGCAUGGUCUGGUGACGCUGUCUCGCAAGACAGAUCCCAACGGACGGGCCGCUGUGCUAUUCCGGUUCGGAGCCUGGAACACAGAUAUCUGUUCGCUAAACGACUACUUCAGAGUAUGCGUAGUGCAUGCCCUGCACAUUGUCAUUCAGGAACCGUUCCAAGUCAAGGGCGUCGUGGUCGUGCUAGACCUGAAGGGCCUCGGCCCCUACCACUUCGCUCACUACACGCCUUCUAAUAUGAGAAAGUUCUUCACUCUUGUGCAGGACUGCUUUCCCCUGCGAAUCAAAGGAGUUUACAUCAUAAACAGUCCUCUAAUAUUUCAAUUCUUCUUCGCUGUCGCCAAGCGUCUCAUGAAGGCGAAACUGUUGCAAAGGACCUGCUUUAUUGAAAACGACCUCGACAAACUGAAGAGCCUUGUGCCUGAUGACGUCAUUCCAGAGGAGCUUGGAGGAACGAACGAGAGCUACGACUACGACGUGAUGGAGGAGGAUCUGCUGCGAGAAGAGGAAUUUUUCCAGAAUAUGAACUCUUACGGGUAUCGCAAAAAGCCAAAAACCUGAAAGCGUCUUUGAAUGGAGUGCCACAUAUAGUAUGCUUUAAAAAGCUUAACCCACGGAGUAACAAACAUUUAGGAGCGGAAACUAGGCUGUUUGUGGCAACCGGAGAAUAUCACAAGCCCGCGGAGCAACUAUCAUGUUGGUGGUAUAUGACGGCGAGAAAGAAAUUACCGCCGUUUCGGUUGUCAAGGCAACCGGUCGGCAGUUGUGUUUCUCGCGUUUGGUCCACGCGCCUGACACAUGUUCUACUGAGGGCACUCACGCACGUUUCUUUAGCGGUGGCAGCCUGGACAGCGAUUAGUGCUACGAUUCAACCAUUUGAGCACAGUAAAAAAUAAAACACAUUCUUUUCGAUGACCGCUAUAGUAAGGUGAUCUAUAGAUUCCGGUUGUACGCGGCGCUAUUCUUGGACACCCACGCGAUGACUUUGAUUGGGCGGGUGUAAGCGCUUCUGGCAUUCAUCGAAGGCAAACAUGCUUACAAUUUCUUCGAGCAUAUGACCAAAAUGAUUUUCCUCAAGCUCACCCAAGCUCAGGCCAGGUGGGGAACGAUCUCAGAACCUUCACAACCUUGUGAAGGUUGUGGGAUCUUUCCCCACUUGCGGCAUAUUGUUUUUUCAUCCGCUUUCAUUUCCAUUAUCCAUUAUCGUUUCUUUAUUUCAUUUAUUAAGCACAAGUAAUUUCCUCUAUGUUGUCCUUGGUGUCAGUGUUUGUUGGCUUCUUAUGGUAUCAUUUCUUGGAAGCAUUCUCCACUGCCUGCCGACUGGCGCGACUGAAGCUACUGCACAGAUUAUAGUCAGGAAACGGAUAUGAAAGUCUGUUUCUCACCUCUUCUAGGAACUUGGAGCUAUAGACGCGAACGCGUUGAAGGAAGUCAUAGCGUGAUGUUAUCUUUAUCGCACUUCGCGUUGGUGGGCAUUACUGAAUUAUGAUGCCUUGACAAUUUAACGGUAAUGUGCGCAAUCGUGUUUAGAAACACGCGCACCCCUUCUUUGAUUUAUUCUCAUUUAUUCCCCACAUUGGUAUCUAUGUUUAUGAACGGCAAGUCUCUCUUUACCCGGCUCCUUCAUUAACGUGUAACGUGUAUUAUCAGAGACAUCAAGAAGAAUAAACCUGUUAUGCGUCGAGCUCCCAGCUAAUUUUGCUGCUGUUGGUCGACACUUAGCGAACGAGCCAGCGCGACAACAACUAGUCAUCGGUAGCGAACAUUUUCAAUCUUUACAUGAUAGCAUGUGCAUUCCGUUAAAUGUCGAUCUACACAUUCCACCACAGGCUUCAUAUGUUUUCAUGCAUGAGGAUGUGGCUGCAGCCUUAUUCGUGUUGUAGUUGUGUGAGGCGCCUCGUCAACUAUAAGUACCCGUUUGUUUUGCCAGCAAAUAAAUAUAUUCAAAGAGUA